AUUUUGGAAACAUAUAUGCUCCAGUAAAUAAGAUUAUUUAGAGGGGAGUGAAAAAGUAAAUGUCUGAGAUUUCUAUUUCAGACAAGUGAAUAAGUGGAAUAAGUACAACAAUCUUUUUUCAAAUGAUGAUUUUAUUUAUUAAGAGAAAGAAAAAACAUCAGACUAACCUGGGAUUCUGUGAAAAGAUAAUUGACCCUACAGGUAAAUCAUCAGUUAAUUUUGAUUAAUCACAUUUUUUUGUUCAUUUCAAAAUCCACACCCAGACCUUGUUACUUCAAGAGCUUUAUCAUUGAAUUGCUAAAACAGUUCCUUCUUGACAAUAUGAAGUAGGCUAAAAGAACUCAAAAAGCAACACAUCACAAAUACCUGCCAGUUCAGAAAGGGCUACAGAGCUAUUUCUAAGCCAUUGGGACAGCAGCAAACCACAGAAAACCAUUAUCCACAAAAGUAAAAAUAAAAAAAACCAUUGAACAGUGGUGUAGCUCUAAGUCCGCAUCAAUGACUCAUCCAAUUUAACUCAAUUUAGUUUAUUUACAUAGCUCCAAUUAGCAGCAAAUCAAUUCAAAGUCAGUUCAAUGCUUUACAGCUUGAUUCUAAUUUUUAAACACUGCAGUCAAGUUUAGUUUAUUUUGCCAACUGAUGAAACCUUCGAAGGAAAUCCAACCAAUAGCAUGGAGUUUUUGACACUGCAGCAAUCUCUUAUCCUGAAAAUGCAUUUGGCAACAGUGGAAAGGAAAACGCCCCUUUAACAGGAAGAAAUCACCAGCAAAGCUUGGGUCAGAAAAAAGAACAUCAUGCUGACAGUCAAACUUUGUUUUUUUAAAGUACCUGGACAACUUGCCAUAAUUGCAAAACCAAAUAAGUCUUCCUCUUAAUGGCUAAAAAAAUAUUAAUUUAAAACAAAAAAAAUUGGAGUGGCCUAGUCAAAGUCUAGACUUAAAUUUGAGAGAAAUGUUAACAUAAAAAGAAGACAUUAAAUGUGAAAACUGUCCUGUGUGGCUAAAUUAAAAACAAUUCUGCAAGGCAGAGUGGGCCACAUCAUUGCAGAGGCUUGCUUUGUGACUUGUUAUUUACCAGGUGUUAUUCCAAACACUCUGUGUCAGAACCAGUUCUUAAGGGGAUGUCUGAUAUUAUUAUUAUUUUUAUUAUUAUCUUAAAGUGUUAUUUGAGAAAAUGCAUAAACAGGAUAAAUUUUAAGGGAGCAAAUACUCUUUCACUGCACUGUAAGUUACUUUAUUAAAAUACGCAGCUGAGCUGGUCACAAUCUUAGUUAUUUCUUUGUAAGUACACUUUAUAUUUGUUUCAAACAUAAAUAAUUAUUGUAUGUAUUUAUUAAUUUGCCGAAUAAUCACAACCACUAGAAGAUGUAGUCAUCGUUCAAGUAUUGAUGACUUUGUCGUGUAACUCAGAGAGCCGAGGUACCUUACAGAAUCAUAUCGUCUUUUGUAACUUUCUAACAGCAGCAGUUCACUGCACUUUAACAAACCAGGUAUUUAUUAGCUUGUUAUGAGCUGAGAGAGCAGUAGCCAGAUGGUUGCUGUUGAUCUUGUUACAAAGGUAGAUGUGAGAAGACCAUUUCUUGGUUCACAGCAAACACACACACACACACACACCGGCACACACACACCACUGGGUUGUUAAUCUGUACACCCAUCUCAGCACCUGUUGUUCCUGAAGAUGCUAAGUGGUAGAUAAUCCUGAAUAAUUCUGUACACAUCGACUAAGUUUGUAUAUAUUGGAGUUAAGAGUGAAGUUGAGACCAUAUUUGCAGGGACACAUGGGUUUGCAUACUAACAGACCACUGAUUGCAAAGCUGAUGCAUAGGGUAAUAAGUGAAGACGUUAAUGAUUGACCAAACCUGUUCUGCACAAUCUGUCAGAGGCGGUUGCUAAGAGCUGCAGAACAGGUGACAGGAUGGUUGCAUGUUCUACAUACAAUGUGUGCUUAUAUGAACCAUCCUGGCCUGCAUAUAAAUGUCAAAAGUGAUCUUGUUCAUUUUUUUAUGCUCUCAGCCUGCUUCUGAUGAACAAAGAUUAUCAUGAUUGUUUGAUGAGUGAAAAUGACAGACUUUACAUGCAAGCUCACAUACGUCUCCCUUUCUGUAUCUCUGAGCUCCGUGGCUGUAAUUCAGUGCUUUCAGCGCAUUGAAGGUUUUUAUGAUACUGAAGAAACAUGGUGGGCCUGAGAAACCGUUCUACGUGGGAGCCAUUGUUGCUAAAGGCCUCAUGCAUCAAGUCUUGUGCCAAUGGUUGCUCCAUGGGCAUCACUGCACAACUCACAUACGCCAAUGCUGACACAGAGUCUGUGGAAGGUGUGUUUGUGUACCCUCUUGAGGAAAAGGAGGUUGUGGUUGGUUUUGAGGCCAUGAUUGCAGGGCGGCUGGUGGGAGUGCAGAUCCAGAGCAGAGGAAAGCUGAAGGACUGCUGCUUGGAGUGCUGCCCUGGAUCUGGUCUUGAUGGACACUAUGGGAGCGGCCAGGAGUGGAGAUGCUGCUGCGGGAUGUCUGGCCUGGACAUACAAUGCACCAACGGACACCUGAUUUUGGAUGAAGACCUGGAAAGAACCACAUUCAUUGUGGGUUGUGGAGUUAUUGGCCCCAUGGACAUAGUGUCUGUCAUCAUCAGCACCACACUAGAACUCCCUACUUUGGAAAAUGGAGCUAUCCGUAUCGUCUACCCAACGCUGCUUACUCCGGUUGUAACCGGCCAGUUGACUGCAAGCAAAAGUGAAAAUGGAGGAAAGUCUGAGGAUACUGGAGCAACCAGCUGUUUCGGUGCUACCUCAGGGAAGCAGGAUCGGGCUGUAGACUCUGAGCAGCAGUGCUCUCAUGGCCUCUUUUCCAGUCCUGCUGUCAAUCUGGCACCGUAUGAACUCAACUUCCAGCUGCUGGUUAGAGGCGCCUGUCUGCUGGCCGGCUUGGAGAGCCCUACACAUGCUCUGAGAGCAGAUGCAGAUCCUAGUGCCCAAAGUGCAUCUGCUACCUAUAUUACUUUGGCUCAGGAGCAUCCGUAUGAUAGACACAUAGAGAUAAUAUUGCACCUCAGUGAACCUCACAGUCCAUUGGUCAUUCUGGAGAAAGGCAGACUGUCCUUCAGCCGGUAUGAACAACAGAUCUGCUCUCGCCGAGAUUACAUUCGAUACACACGCAAAGACUCAGAACCUGAGAAAAGGCUGGAGUACAUCCGUAGACGAUACCACAAAGACAUCCUCUGCAGCCCCGUCCUCAUGCUCAACUUCUGUCCUGACUUACUGUCCGAGCCUCUGGAGCUGCACAAAGCUACCAGAGAGUUGCUGUUCCUAAUCGAUCGCAGCGGCAGCAUGAGUGGCACUAACAUACAACGUGUGAAGGAAGCCAUGGCAGUGGCCCUGAAGAGUCUACCCACUGGUACGAUGCUCAACAUAGCUGGCUUUGGGACCACCAUCAAGCCUCUGUUUACCUCCAGCAAGCUCUGCACUGAUGUGACUCUAAUGCAGGCCUAUGAGUACAUCCAGAGGAUGAGAGCGGAUAUGCGCGGGACCAACCUUCAGGGGGCGCUGUCCUGGCUCUACCAGCAGCCCAUGCAGCGUUCAUAUCCACGGCAGGUCUUUAUCAUCACUGACGGCUCCAUCAGCAAUGUGGCUAAGGUGCUGGAGUUGGUUCGCAGAAACACAUGUUCUGGCAGAUGCUUUGGCCUCGGCCUCGGUCCCCGAGCCUGCAGGAGGCUCCUUCAGGGAAUUGCCAAACUGACUGGAGGGACCACAGAGUUCUUCGAUGAUGAAGAAAGACUCCAGCCCAAGUUAAUCAAGUCUCUAAAGAAGGCCUUUGAACCUGUUCUGACGGAUGUUCGGAUUGACUGGUACCUGCCAGAGAACAUGGAGGCCCUCCUUUCACCCAAUGAAAUUCCUCCAUUGUACUCCGGAGAUCGCCUAGUUGGAUACUGCACUCUUUAUGACAUGACAAAUUUCAAAGCAAAGAAGACAGAGUGCCAAGAAAGGGACUACAGAGGUGUGCACCAUGACUCCGUGGGUUCUGUUUUUACCCAUUCGAAUGAUGAGCUUUCACCGCCUCCUUCAUCUGAGUUCAUGCCUGUGGUGAUGCAUUCCGACAGAACUGAGCUGGAGGAGGCUCUGAGAGAAAUUUCAAGAGAAAUUUCAUCUGAGUUUUCUUGUGCCAGAGACACUGACCUUGGAAUAAGCCCAGGUGUGGAGCUGGAUUGGUCCAGUGAUAUAAGGCGGAGGAUCCAGCAGAGCUCCUACAUUCAGGAGCAGUACGUUCUCACUCACUGCUCCCUGAGCAGCGAGCGAAGUCUUCAGACACAGUCCCACAUACACAUUCAUGCCUCAAGCUCUGACUCUGCAGGUGGGGGCUUUCUUUCUGAUACCCAUUCCUCUGGUCCAGUAUUGGAAACAGGGUCUUUACCACAAGGCCUUGAGAGGAUGGCUCCUCCAGAGCCAUCAUCCUUAUCUCGCUGGGCGGACCCAGCAUGGCAACAAAACCUUUCAGCGGACACUCCUGACAAUGUUGCUAAAAAAAAUGGGCAUCUGGAUGGAGGCGACGAGUCUCGAAGAAGACAGAAAGCAUUAGCUCGUUCUACAAUGGCAGCAAGGAGUUUUUCAUCACCACAGGGUGAACUGGAAAUGCAUCGCCUCCGGAGAGCUCUUGAGAGGGUCUCCUUUGACCAGACUCUUGGAGGACGAUUGGAUGAAAGUGAGGGAGAAACAAGGCCUUCAUCAAGAGGGACAGUUUCCCACAGAAGCCUGUCUGACUCCAACGGACUCCUGUUUCCUGCUUCGCCCCUGGACUGGGACAGCCUCACUGACCCAGAGUAUCUAUUUACUGCUGCUCAGCCUGAAGAUCCUCCCUCAGGUCAGUGUCGCUCCAUCAUUCAUGGUCUGCUGAGUGGCAAACCUGUGUCCUGGGAGGUUACUGUGGACAUGGGACAUCUCUGGCCACCGGAAGACCAGGACACCACUGGAGUCAAUGAAUGUAGAAUUGGUGGAGACGAUGUAGGAAAGCCAUGGGAGGAGAUCAUUCACCACCUGACGGCUCGCUCAGUAAUAAGGGACUUUGAAAAGCUGGCAGAAAAAGAGAGUGAAACUGGACAUGGGUCAGGUAAACGGUAUCGCAUGAAGGCUAUUCAGACAAGCAAGCACUGUAACAUCAUAUGCAUGUACACAGCCUUCACCAUUACCAAUGGCAGCACAAGCAAAGGCUUGACUGAGAGCACAGACGUCCGAAACACAGGAAUUCAUAUGGGGAACAGGCAAACUUCUCAGCCUGGAGGUCGCAGGCAGGGGGUUUAUUCUGCCGGUCUGGGAAGACGGCGGAUCAGCGGCGAAAGUGAAGAGGCUGAAGACACCUGGAACUUUACAGACGCAGGUGGAUUCUGUUCCAUGGCUACUGUAACAACAGGGAUGUCGUGCAAUCGUUCACAGCGCUCUAUAGAGAGCAAGUCAAUGGAGAGCUUCUUUAGUACCAGGUUCCAGCUGGGUCGACUCAGGUCCUCUAUUUCAUCCGGAAAACAGGUUCCCCUCAAAUCUCACUGUCUAUCAGCAGAGACCGACAAACAGCCAGAGAGUGAAACUCCAGACUACCAGCCCCUGGUGCAUUUACAACUUGCAUCAGGGGCUUUUCUCCUGACGGUGAUGUACUCAGAGUGUGUCCAAAUCCCCCUGGACCGCCUUAAGAGAGCAUCACCUUACAGCCUUCACCGACGUAGCCUCAGCCCAGCUUUUCGCUGCACUUCUCCCAGCGCUCCCUCUUUGUCCACCUCUGCCAAGCCCCCAGGUGCUCCCACGAUUCACCAUGUCACCUUUUCUCCUUCCUCGUGCUCUCUGGCCAAACCGGGUGCUCCUCCCUUCCACCACACUCCAGUGGACAACCCUUUGAUUUUGGAGUCGAGGCUUCUGCGAAAACAUUUGUCGGACCGAGACCCUGUCACCUCUCCCCCUGAUCUCCCGAGCUCUGAGGAGGGAUCCUUGGAGCUGUCUACUGGUCCCUCUCACAGUCAAAGCCUUGGACAAGCAGACAGCGGCCGUGGUUCAGAGACUGAUAUAUACGAGGGGACUUCAGCAGAGCUAGCAGACCUCCUGGGUAGCAGCCAGUUGGCUCAGGAAGAUCUAGAAGGUUCCACCUGGGCCACCGCUGUAGCUCUGGCGUGGCUGGAGCACCGGUGUGCUGGCUACUUCAUGGAGUGGGAGCUGGUGGCAGCAAAAGCAGAUUUCUGGUUGCGCUGUCAGAAACUGCCAGAGGGAGUGGACCUUGCAGGGCUAAGAGGAGCAGCCAGACAGCUGUUUCUGCUGCUGCGCCACUGGGAUGAAAACAUCAAGUUCAACAUGCUGUGUUAUAACCCCAAUAAUAUGUGAGACAGUCAGUUCAGAGGUACAAAAACAGAUCCACAGUCAUGUGGAAAAAUUAGGACACCCCAACUAUUUUUUAAAUAUUUUGGUUGAUUUGUAAUUAGCAAGAAUUUUUGAUAAAAAUGUGUUUGUUUGUAAAAUUUGUUUAUAAGUAAACAAAAAUGAAAAUUGUUUUCCUUAUUAAAGAAAGGAAAUAAAUGAGCAAAAAGUUAGAACACUCCACCCACUAGAAGCUAGUUUUUGCCCCUUUGACUGAAAUGACUUCAGUUACUGCUUGUAUCCACCUGCCAGUCUCUGACAUUGCUCUGAGGAAAGUUUGUCCCACUCCUCACAUUCAGCUGAGAGAUGUUUGAGGGGUUUUAAGUCACUCCACAAUGUCUCACAAAAAUCUGAUCUGGGCUUUGACUUUCCAUUUCUUAAUGGUCUUUGGUGAAUUCACUGUUAAUUUGGGGAGCACUGUCAUUAUGGAAGGACCGGUUCUGCUUCGUCUUUAGUUGAGUAAAACUUGUGCAGUCUCAAAUUUGUGUUCACUCUCACUUCAACAGACAAGAUCACACCAGAUAUAAAUGACUGAGGUUUAAACUGGGCAAAUCGCCUUGAAAAUGUUGGCUAACAAUGUUCCAGUCAUUUGCACUUGAUAAAAAGUAAUAAAUGUGAGACAGUCCUAAUUCAUUCCUAAUCAGAAAUAGCAUUUUUAUUUCAUUUUGUAUAAAAUGUAUAUCUUUUCUCUUUUUUAGUUUUAUCUUAUGUAUAUUACUUGAAUUACCUGAUAUGAAAUAUCCAAAUGUCCAAGCUCAAUAGAAAGAGACAUAGGCUAUUGUAGGGUGUCUUACGUUUUUCACGACUGGAUAACAAAAGCUGUACUUUAUUAGUUGAUACUGUAAAUCAGUGCCAAAUCCACCCCAAUUUACAAAAGUGACCUUUUAUUAUAAAUUUGCUUUAUGCAAACACAGGAAUGCCUUGACCAUCUGAAUAAGCUUUUCGUAGUUUAGACUGUAGCUUAAAGUCUAUGUUAUGUACACUAUGCCAAACAAAGAAUCAGUCAAUGAUUGUCAUGUUGGCUAUUAGAUAAACUGAUGAAAGUUUAGCUCACACAAUCAACAUAAUAAAACAACAUAAUGGAAACUAAGCAUUUGCUGUACUGUGUACAAAAGGAAUAAAAGUUUUAAUCUGUUU